AUGCCGCCAGGCUCUCACCAAGGCCCGGCGGAAGCCAGCAGUCGUCCGACCCAAGCGGUCUUGGGCGGGAUCACAUUCGCAGCGAGCCUUCCGCCAGGAGUUAAGAAGGGAACGCCUGUGCCAGAGCAUAUACCAUUAUCUACGACGGGAGCCGCACCACCCCCAGUCAAAAGAAGUGCGUCAAAUGCGCACGGCGUAACAGUUGUGGUGGAACCGUCAACUGAGGUGGCAGACAACGACGAAACUUUCGUCACGCAAAAAGGAGGAAAGAUCGUCCAAAAUCCGCAGGUCACUUUACAAAAUGAGCGGAUGCCGUCCAUGUUCGAGUCUCGUCGCACGCUUCAAUCAACUCUGUUACUGCAAAAGAAGAAGGAAAUGCAGGCCGUACAGCUGGAGCUGGAGAAAAGAAGGCUAGAGUUCGCCAAAAGAAUGAGUGGAUGCAAAGACCGACAGGAAGAACUUCGUUCCAAGCAAAAGCAAAUACGAGACCGGGUGAACAAGUUCGAGAGGUUCCUAAAAGAAAACGACGCAAAACGGCAACGUGCCAAUCUCAAAGCCCAGACAGAGAAGAAAUCUCGGGAGCAAAAGGAGCACGAACUACUUGGACUCCUCAAACAGUUAAAUUUGGAGCAGAUCAAGCAUGGAAGCGUUUUGCACCUCAUCAAGAAGUACGAGAUCUAUGAGGCGUAUCUGCAGUCAGUUGUGGACGUCCUUCCCCCAGAGUACCUGGACGUCAAUGAACCACAUAUCAACGACAUCCUUAUGCGCCACAAAACGCUAGUCGAAACAAAUGAUGAUUUACGGCAGGCCGUUCAAAAAUCGCAGGACGAGAUCGAAUCGGAGCAAACGAGGUUGGGCGAGCUGGUAAAGGAGAAGAACGAUCUAAUAUUGGUGCAGAACUCCACCCUGGGCACGCAGCAGAAACGGCUAGAUCAGCUGAAACAGGAAUGUGCAUACCUUGAGCAAAGGCUUGAAGAACGAGAUAACACCGGCAAGGAGAGGAUGCGUAUGCUUAGCGAAACAAAACUUGCUAUCAAUAACAUUUACGACCGCAUCGGACUUCGGCCACAUGCUGCGCUGGAAACGCCACCGGCGCAGGUGGUCAUUACCCCACCUGGUGCUGCUCGCGGCCCAGAUACACUGGUUCAACAGCAACAACAGCAACAUGGAGGAUUUGGAGCAGCGCUAGUUCCUCCACCACCGCCAGCCUUUCUUUCGAAAGACUACGUUGAUAACUCAGCGAAAGCACUGGGCGAAAGGCUUCACGCAAUACAAGAUAGGGUGCUAGAUUUGGGCCAUAUCGCCCAGCGAACGGAACAGGCUAUCCUCGGGCAAGACCAUGCGGUGAAGGGAAAGAAGCAACCUGCGGGCACACCUAGCCCUAUGAUGGCGUCCAUUUCCCAACCAGCGGAGGCUUCUGCCAUCAAAACACAUUAG